AUGCCUCAGACAAGUAAAGAUAAAAUUGAUCAAGAAAAAAUUAAAAUAAAUGAAGUGGGCAAGACAUUUUUUGAAAUCCAAUUUGAUGCUAAAGAAAAAAUUAUUACUAGGUUGAAUGAUGAGAUCAAAGAUUUCAAUAGUAAAAACGAGAAGUUUAAAGGUAAAAUCAAUCGUUUAAACAAAAAAUUGAAAGAUGAUUACGAAUAUUUGAAAAAGAUUUUGGACGAGAAAACCAAUCUUGAAAAACAAUUAAAGUAG